AUGGAGUACGUCGGAAGGCAUUACUCGGGCCUUGACUCGGUCUUAUUCGAUUGCGUUAAUGAUGCCGCGGCGGAAUGCUUGGCACAAAUGGAGUGUGAGCGUGCAGCGGCGGAGCAGGCGGCGGCGGCGCGGGUCCCUCGGCUGAUUCGACGUCGGACGUUUGUCCCCCGCGAACACGUCGUAGCUCACCAACGUCUGUUCGCAGACUAUUUUGCCGAGCAACCACAGUGGGGCCUGACGGUUUUUCACCGCCAUUUUAGAAUGCGGCGAGAUCUUUUUCUCCGCGUUGUCUGGACGUUGGAGGGACGUUUUGAUUACUUCCUGUAUCAGAUAGAUGGCAUCGGCAGACCCGGACUUACGCCAUUGCAGAAGUGCAUGGUUGCGAUCCGGCAGUUGGCCUACGACACCACAACGGAUAUAUUCGACGAGUACCUUCACGUCGGGGAGACAAUUGGCCGCGAUUGUCUGAAGAAUUUUUGUAGGAGUUGUGGAGGCUUUUGGCGACACAUAUUUGCGACGUUCGACUGCUGA